CCGAAGCGAGGUGCCGCUCCCUGUCCCCGCGGAGGGGCGGGGCAGGGCGCGCAACUCCAGCGGGAGCUGUCCUGGGUCGUGAGCCGGCCCCGCCUUGGUGGCGGCGCCCCCUCGCGGUCCAGAGCCAGGCGCAUCGGGCGGGCUCGGGUCUCCAGCCCGGCGGGGAGGAGGGACCGGGUCUGCGGGGCGGGGCCUCGGCGGGGUGCGCACAUGCAGGCGCGGCGGCCCGGGGUGCGGGCCCUCGGCGCGGCUGGCCAGGCUCCGAGAACCUCAGCGCCGCCCAUGGCCGAGCCGCUGCAGCCAGACCCCGGGCCGGCCGAGGACGCGGCGGCCCAAGCCGUGGAGACGCCGGACUGGAAGGCCCCGGAGGACGCCGGCCCCCAGCCCGGAAGUUAUGAGAUCCGACAUUAUGGACCAGCUAAGUGGGUCAGCACGUCCGUGGAGUCUAUGGACUGGGAUUCAGCCAUCCAGACGGGCUUUACGAAACUGAACAGUUACAUUCAAGGCAAAAACGAGAAAGAGAUGAAAAUAAAGAUGACAGCUCCAGUGACAAGCUACGUGGAGCCUGGUUCAGGUCCUUUUAGUGAGUCUACCAUUACCAUUUCCCUGUAUAUUCCCUCUGAACAGCAAUUUGAUCCACCCAGGCCUUUAGAGUCAGAUGUCUUCAUUGAAGAUAGAGCCGAAAUGACUGUGUUUGUACGGUCUUUCGAUGGAUUUUCUAGUGCCCAAAAGAAUCAAGAACAACUUCUGACAUUAGCAAGCAUUUUGAGGGAAGAUGGAAAAGUUUUUGAUGAGAAGGUUUACUACACUGCAGGCUACAACAGUCCUUUCAAAUUGCUUAAUAGAAAUAAUGAAGUGUGGUUGAUUCAAAAAAACGAACCCACCAAAGAAAACGAAUGAGAAAAUGAAAGGAAGUUCCGCUGUCAGAGGCAAAACGUCUGUUUAUCAUAGACAUCAACAUGACCUAUAAGUGCGUGUCUAGUGUCUUCUAUUGAGAGUACUACUAUUAAUUAAGCUUAUUUCCAAUGUGCCUUUUUAAUGCUUGAAGUUUUAUCUACAUACACAGGUAACAGAGGACAGUAGUCUGUAAACAUAAAUUGGUCAUAACUAUGGUGGUCUUUAUUUCUGUGAGCAUCUAGGGAAAUUUCACAUCACUUCCCUCUUCUUCACUGCAUCACAAUCAUAUUCCCUUUUUUUUUUCUUGGAUUUGUGUUAGUUGGAUGAUAUCCCCUCCAGAUAGUAUCAAUAAAAAUGUUAAA